CAGUUCCAGUAUCGGUUCCGGUCCUGAAUGUCUCAUGUCUCCGGAAUGGCAGCGCUGAGAUCUCCUGCAGGGUGGAGGAAGGAACUAAGCCGGAUAUCCGUGUAUCUGUGAUUGGAGGAUCCCCGGGGAGUUAUUCUGCUUCAUCCAAUCACAUUACAGCCAUUGUGGGGUCACCGGGGCCCUGGAACAUCACCUGUUCUGUGGAGAAUCGGGUCAGCCGGUUGGAGAUGAGCAGAGCCGAGGUCACCUGUCCAGUCCCCCUCUCCGACAUCGCUGUGAGCUCCUCCUGUCUCCCGGAUGGCAGUGCAGAGGCCGUCUGUUCAGUGAGAGGAUCGGAUCCCUGUUACUCCUGGAGAUUUAAUGAAGAAUCAAAAUCCAAAGAGAGCCGGGUAACUCUUCCUCCUCCGGUCUCCGGGACCCUCCGCUGUGAUGUCACCAAUCAGAUCAAUAAUCUCAGCACAUCUAUCAAUAUCUCCUGUACAGUUCCGGUAUCGGAUCCGGUCCUGGAAGUGACGUGUCUCCACAAUGGCAGCUCUGAGAUCUCCUGUAGGGUGGAGAAGGGGACUGACCUCUCCAUCUUCCUGACUGUGAUUGGAGGAUCGGAGGGAUAUAACGUCACCAGUUCAGAGCGGACAGUCCGUGUCACUGUGCCUCCGGUGUCACCUCCCGAUUCCUGGAACAUCAGCUGCUUGGUGAAGAACAAUAUCGGUGAGAGAUCCACCAAUGAGAUCCGUGAGCCUUGUCCAGCUCCCCUCUCUACACCCCACGUGAAUGUCUCUUGUCAUGCUGAUGGAAGUGCCAGUGUCUCCUGUGUGUUAGAGGAGGAUCACGAUGUCACUUAUAAAUGGACAGUGAAUGGGGAUUUACAUGACGGAGAUCACUCCCAUAACAUCACCUUUAAUACUUCCCCACAUGCUACUCCCUUUCCUUCCCCACAUUCUGCUCCCUACUGA